AUGACCAUGUGCAGUCCUGAACUCCUUCCAGGGUUCAGGUUUCAUCCAACAGACCAGGAGCUUAUCAUUCAUUAUCUGAGAAAGAAAGUCUCAUCUUCAAAUCUGGAAGUCGUUAUAAUAGCAGACGUGGAUAUCUACAAAUUCAAUCCAUGGGAACUUCCAGGAAAAGCCUUGUUUGGGGAGAGCGAGUGGUUUUUCUUUAGCCCAAGAGACAGGAAAUACCCCAAUGGUGCUCGUCCAAACAGGGCAGCUGGAUCAGGUUACUGGAAAGCAACCGGAACCGACAAGCCAAUCCUCACCUCCAAUGGAUCACAGUGCCUUGGGGUGAAGAAAGCUCUUGUGUUUUACAAGGGCCGGCCUCCAAAAGGCAUAAAAACAAGUUGGUUGAUGCUUGAGUACCGCCUUCUUGAUGAUACCCACCAUCUGCAUAGGCUCAGGGGAUCGAUGCGAAAAAGCAACACUCGACCACAAAAUGGAGACGAUCAUCGCAGCAAUUUUAGCAGCUUCUCUCCAUUUACUAGCUUGAGGUGCUUACAAGGUCAAGAAAUAUUCAAGAAGGGCAAUACCCUUAAAGACUAUUAUUAUGAUCUUCAGCCAUGUCUAAUGGCUCCUGCAGAAAGUGAAGAGGCAGCUGAGCAAGGACAAGUGGAGUUCCAAGAAGCAUCUCCAGAAUACACGAUCUCAGGUUCGGAUUCAAGUUCUCAUCCAACAAUGGUUUCCACUGUCAAAGAGAAACUUGAAUAUAUCAAGAAGAUACUCUCCAUUGGAGCUCUGGAAGAACUAGUGCCAACAACUCCAAAGAAGAGGCUGCAUGUAUCCUCUUCAAAUAAUGCAGAAAAUGCAUACAUCUUCGACGAGCUUCCUUCACCACCAAAAAAGAGGCUGCACAUAUUCUCUUCAAAUAAAGCAGAAAAUGAAUGCAUUUUUGAAGUUUCUUCUCCUACUCUUUCAGCCUCAUCUCAGCAGAGCUUUCAGGGCUCUUGA